AUGUCUUUAUUUGCCUCAUCACUCUUCGUGAAAUCAAAGCAACACUUCCAACAUCAAAUGCGCCUUUCGACAUAUGGUGGGUCCAUUCACGUACUUGCAAUAUCUAAUGAUGGCCAAGCUCUUGCAUGCGGUGGGACCAAGGGCAUCAAACUCUGGGAUAUCAAAUCUCGGAAAGAACUUACAUGCUUGAUUCAUCACCAUGAGUCCCAAGGCACAGUCAGCUGCGCUGUCUGGGUCACAACAAGAUUGGGCAUGGCAGAAACCCUUUGUUAUGGAACUGGGCUGGGCUAUGUUGUAUUCUUACGACAUAGCCAUGUAGAUGAGAUCUGUGCUAGGAGGCUUGGAUCGGGCUUCGAAAUUACAUGCAUGGUAUGGGAUUCGACAUCCUCCGAAACGACUACAUGGAUUGCAGUGGGAACGAGGGACAAGAUAGUUCAAGUCCUCAUUCUCAACACAAACUCGCAGCUGCAGGCCAUGUUUUCAGUGCGACUCGAUAACACAGUGCCCAAGUAUGUAGCAUUUGCAGACAAUGGAUGUGUCUAUGUCUUCAGACUGUAUGAUGGGAACUUCAUCAAACUGAAAGGUGAUGAUGGCGCAGUGGUGAAGGAAUAUAGCUGCCAAUCAGUUAUUGGACACGCAGCAGUCAACCAGAAGAGGGGCGUCUUCGUGGUGGACAAUGCUACUGAUGGUUUUACUUUAUAUCAACUUGAAGGUGACAAGGAACCAGUUCGAACAUUUAUGACCGCUGCUCCAAGUGUGUCCAUCCCCAAGCAGGUGGCAUUCGCCGCACAAGGAAAACUGAUCAUCGGGGGGAGUGAUCAUGGAUUGGUGUAUGUAUUCGAGAGGAAAUCAGGGAAGUUAUUAGAGACUCUUUGUCACUCCAAUAUGGGCUUGGUGCAGACAAUAGCGACGCAUGAUCUUAACAGGCGCUGUACAGUCACCAGUUCUUCACCAGCGCUAGGCCAUGGAAAGGCUACAAUCAACUUAUGGGUCUAUAACUAUGGACCAGCAAAGGAAACUCUUACCUCUGAAGAUUCCCAGCCUAUGUCGCAUGUGAUUAUGCGCGCAUUCAAAAUCCUGGUUCAUUUUGGUGCCUUGGUGGUUAUCAUCUGUUUUUUGAUAACAAACUACUUCGACGCAGUGGCAACAUGGUCAGGAGACCUUGCCCAACGCAUGGGAAUGACUCGAGUGCUUGACUUUUCGGAUAACAACUUCCACCAAAGUGCUAAGGUAUUCAACGAAGUACCAGAAGCCCACCAGGAAGUGGAUGAACAGAGCAACAUAUUGAUGCUACAUGAACUUGCAGGAAAACUCAUCGAAGUCAUUUGA